AUGGAUGACAUAAUCGUAACUGGAAACGACGCAGAAGAGCAACUGAAGUUGCAAAAGUAUUUCUCCCAAGAAUUUGAGAUGAAAGAUUUAGGUGAUCUAAAGUACUUUUUCGGAAUCGAAGUAGCAAGAUCAAAAACUGGUAUAUUUCUGUCUCAAAGGAAGUAUGUAAUGGAUCUACUCACUGAAACAGGAAUGCUUGGAUGUAAGCCUGCUGACACACCCAUUGAGAUGAAUCACAAGUUGUGUGAAGAUAUGGACCAAGAACCAACCAAUAAGGAACAGAUUAAUGUUCUCCAAAAUGGAGAUCUUGAAGUUGUUGGAUACACAGAUGCGGAUUGGGCUGGUUUUAUUACAGAUAGACGCUUUAAUUCAAGUUACUUUACAUUCGGGGGAGGUGACCUAGUCACUUGGUGGAGUAAAAAGCAAAAUGUGGUUUCUCGAUCUAGUGCAGAAGCAGAGUAUCGAGGAAUGGCUCACAGAGUUUGUGAAUUAUUAUGGAUCAUAAGACUCUUGACAGAAUUGGGCUUUAAGCCAGAAAAGCCAGUGGAGUUGCAUUGUGACAACAAGUCAGCUAUCGAUAUUGCCCAUAAUCCAGUUCAAGAUUAUCGAACCAAACAUGUUGAGAUGGAUAGACAUUUUAUCAAAGAAAAAAUUGAGAAAAAGAUCAUCCGCCUACCAUUUGUAAAAUCAAAAGAUCAACAGGCAGAUAUCUUAACCAAAGCUGUUUGUGGAAGAGUAUUUCAUGACUCACUUACCAAGUUGAGCAUUAGUGACAUAUAUGCACCAACUUGA